AUGCCACCAAUUCGCUCUGAAUCCUGGCUAAAAUCCGCCAAACAAGAGGGCAAAAUCCUAUUAGCCCUUUCCGAUUUAAAAGAUGACCGUAUCAAAUCUAUCCGUGCGGCAGCGAAGCUAUACGAAAUACCACGCGCUACACUACAAACACGCGCUCAUGGUGUAGUCUCUAUAGCAGAGAGACGCCACCCACGCCAUAAACUGACCCAAUUAGAAGAGAAUUCGCUUUGUGAGUGGAUUCUUUCUAUGGAUGCGCGUGGAGCAGCGCCUAGGCCGGCUACUGUAGGAGAGAUGGCCAAUAUCCUACUAGCUGCGCGUGGUAGCCAACCUCCGCCUACCGUUGGUAAGAAUUGGCCAUCAAAGUUUAUUGAACGACGCGAUGAGCUUCGAACACGAUUCUCAGUACGAUACGACUACCAGCGCGCAUUAAACGAAGACCCAAAAGCCCUACGAGCCUGGUUUGCGACCGUACAAAGCGUGAUUGACGAGAACGGGAUACAACCGGAGGAUAUCUACAACUUUGAUGAGACAGGCUUUGCAAUGGGCCUUAUAUCUUCGCAGAAGCCAGGAAAUCGCGAAUGGGUUACUGCAAUCGAAGCAAUUUGCGCAGAUGGCUAUUCGCUACCGCCAUGUAUAAUCUUCAAAGGCAAAGUGGCUAUGGCGGAUUGGUUCAAAAAUCUACCACAAGACUGGCGAUUCGAGCUACAAAAGCUCUUUAUCCCAUCAACAAAUUCGCGCGUACGCGGCCGGUUUCGGCUAUUAAUCCUUGAUGGCCAUGGUAGCCAUCUUACGCCCCAAUUCGACCGAAUCUGCGCAGAAAACGAUAUUAUCCCUCUUUGUAUGCCUGCGCAUUCAUCGCAUCUAUUACAACCACUAGAUGUUGGCUGUUUUGCAGUGGUUAAACGCGCGUACGGUCGCUUCGUAAGCGAUCUUGCGCGUACGGGAUAUAACCAUAUCGACAACUUCGCAGCUAGUGGCCUAGUACCAGUCGAUGCAGAGAGAGUGCUUUCGAAACUUAAUAUCUCUCUCCGAACGCCUACACCACCAAGCAGCCGGCCAAGCAGCAGAUCUAGCCAAUUCACGCCAAAAACGCCGAGAACCGUCGUUCAGCUACAAAAGCAAGCUUCGAUGCUUAAAGAUCUGCUAAAGCAGCGGUCAAAUAGCCCUCCGAGCCCAUCAAAAAAUAUAUUAGAUCGCAUUAUCAAGGGCCACUACGAAGCGCUGCAUAACACUGCAAUACUUGCGCAGGAGAACGCGAAUCUCCGCGUAGCGAAUGAGAAGAUCGUUAAGAAGCGUAAUAGGUCAACUAAGCAGAUACCCUGCGAAGAGGGUUUGACCGUCGAAGAGGGCCUACAGCUAGUUGAACAGCUAAACCAGCCGGUAGAAGAUGAUAGGAUGGUAUCGCAUGGGUAG